CGAAAAUGGCUUUGGAGACCAAGCCGCACCUUCUCCAACUGGCCCAAGAGAUUCAAGAGCUAACGGGGCGAUUAGUAGGACAUCUAUCCGAUGUGGGCAGCAAGGAGCCAGACUUUACCGCAGGUUCUACAGAGGUUCCUUCCGAUGCUGAGUACAACGCACUUCGCGAUCAGCUCAGUGAUGCCACUGCAGACCUUGCGCAGCUUGUGAAAGGACCGAAAACUCACCUACGCGAUUACUUUUCGAGCCAUCACGAGCUAGCAGCCUUUCAGGUUGCUUUCGAUUUUGACUUCUUCACGGCUUGUCCCAGAGAUGGAACUAUUAAAGUUGGUGAACUGGCGCAAAGGACUGGUCUGGACGAGGAGCUCAUCCAGCGCGUGAUGAGGCUCUUGUGCCUACAUCACAUCUUUGAAGAAGCUUCGGAAGGCUGCUAUACUCAUACGCAUGGCAGUAUCACUCUUGCAGAAAAUGAUGGCCUCAGGGCGGCUGCCGCCUACCAACUUGACGAGUAUUUCCAGGCAGCAUCGCACACGGCCCUUAGCUUAAGAGCGAACAUGUCGCGGUCACUCGAGGAGCCAAAAGUUUCUGCGUUCAAAAGUGCACAUGGCGCGUCACUUUUCGAGUUUUACGCGGAACACCCGGAACGAGCAGCUAGGUUUGCUCGUGCAAUGGCCGGUGUCAGUCAACUUAAUCACGACUUCAACCAACUCCGAAACGGAUAUCCAUGGGAGAGCCUAGGGACCAAAGUGGUUGUGGAUGUUGGUGGUGGGAGCGGACAUAUAAGUGUUGCAGUUGCAAAGACUUUGAGCGAUGUUCGAUUCGUUAUUCAGGAUGCAAAUGAAGGCAUGCUAAAGCAAGGCGAGAUGUCAACUCGGCAGGAUCUCAAGGGCCGGAUUACGUUCAUGAGACAUGACUUCUUCACGCCUCAGCCAAUAGUUGAAGAUGUGGGCGCAUACCUCUUACGCCAGAUCACGCAUAAUUGGGCGGACGAAGAGGUCGUCAACAUAUUCCAACAGCUUGCACAGGGGCUGGAAAAGUGCGAUCCUAGCACCCCGCUGUUGAUCAAUGAGUUGAUCAUUCCGGAACCAGGAUCUAGAAGCCGUUUUGAAGAACGAAUUGGAAGACAGAUGGACAUCAUGAUGCUAGUGGCGUUAGGAGCACGACAGAGAACUAGAGCACAGUUUGAAACACUCUUGACGAAGGCAGACCCGCGACUCAAGAUUACCAAGGUCCAAGGCGGGAUUCCAAUGGGUAUACUCGAAGUGCAUCUUACCAGGGGCUAGAGUCCUCGGCGACCCGCUGAGGACGGUAGGGUGCUCAAGAUAGCCAGCACUCUAGCAUAUUCUGUAUUUGAAUAG